CUCUCUGGUUAAAAUUCUCUCUCCCCCGUCGUCAAUCUUUUUUUACUGCUUCCACAGUUUUCAAGUUGCUGAUUCAGACCAUUUAUGGCGGCUUUUUAAUUCUCAAAUUUCCCUCCAAAUUUUUCCGAAACCAAACAAAACCCUCCUUUUUUUUAUCUUUCCCUCCCAAAUUUCAGUCAAACAUCAACUUUUCAUCGCUAAUUUUUGUUCGUCCCUCCUUUCUUUCUAGAUUUCAAAAUUCCUCUUUUUUCUCACUCUUUCGCUCUCUGUUAAUGGAGGAACAAACCCAGAAAACCAAAAUCUCAAUUCCAAUUACAAAAGAAACCCCACCUUCGGAAAAUAUGCAAUUGAAAAACCCUUUAUUAGAUUUUGCGCAAGUUGAUCAAAUUCUUGGUGAGUGUUCGAGUACUAAAGAAACCGAAAAUCUAGUUGUUGAAACCACGGAAAGCGAUAACCCAGUUGUUCAAAUUAUGGAAACUGAAAACCCUUGUUUAGAUUUUACGCAAUCUGAACAAAAAACCCUAGGUGGGUUUUCGGAAAUCGAAGAUGCUGAGUGUAGUAAAACCCUAGAAGAGUCUGUGAAGGAAGAUUCCUUGUUUAGCAAAACCCUAGAAGAGUCUCUGAAGGAAGGGGAUGAAAAAUUGGAAUUAAAAGAUGCACAAAUUAAGAAAACCCUAGAUGAAUCUGUUAAUGAAAGGGGUGAGAAUUGGGAAGAUGUUGAUUUCACUAAAACCCUAGAUGAUUUGUCAGCUGAUACCGAGAUCUUUGAGAAAUUAAUAGAUUUUGGUGACAAUGAUGAAGGUGGAAAUUUAUUAGAUAAGGUGGAGGAAACAAGAUUAAGUCCAAUGGUUGGUCCAUUGGUUGAAUAUCACUUCCCGGAGAAGUGUGAUUGUGGGGAUGAGGAAGAGGACGAGGAAGGGUGCUAUAGGAGAAAUCGUUUCCCAGAUUGGCGGUCGCCGAGACGGUUUAACCAUGAUGAACCUCACUCUUGCAGAGCUGGUGGAUAUUAUGGUGGGAGGUAUAUGAGAAUGAUGGGUAGAGAUCAUCACCAUAGGAGACAUUGUAGAAGAAGGCCUUUGUAUCCAGGAAGGGAAAGAGAAAAUGAAUUGUUUCGGUAUCCGAGUAUGGGAUGUUAUGAACCUGAGCCAUGUCCAGUGGGUGCGGGUCUUGCAAACCUUGGGAAUACAUGUUUUCUAAAUGCUAUAUUGCAGUGCUUCACUCACACAGUUCCUUUUGUUGAAGGACUGCUUUCUCUCAAACAUGAGGCAUCGAGUCAUGGUGAUGAGUUUUGUGUGAUCUGUGCCGUGCGUGAACAGAUUGAGCAUUCACUUGCAUAUUCAGGGCGUGUGAUCUCACCAUCCAACCUUGUGGAUAAUUUGAGCAACAUUUCCUCUUUCUUCCAGAGAUACCAGCAAGAAGAUGCCCAUGAGUUUUUACAGUGUUUGUCGGAUAAGCUUGACCGUAGUUGGUCAAAGUACGAGGCAAGUGCAAAUGAUGCUUCCGGACCUAACAAUUUACCAUUGCCUGAUGAUCCAUUGGUGAACCAGAUUUUUGGUGGCCGUCUUGUAAGCCAGGUUCGGUGCUGCAAAUGUGGUCAUAAUUCUGACACUUAUGAACCCCUAAUUGACCUAAGUUUGGAGAUUGAGGAAGUGGACAGUUUGGAAAAUGCUUUAAAAUCUUUUACUAAGGUGGAAAGUAUUGAAGACACAGAAAAGUUUACAUGUGACAGUUGCAAAGAGCAGGUGCAAGUAGAGAAGCAGCUAAUGCUGUAUCAAGCUCCUUCUGUAGCUGCCUUCCAUUUGAAGAGGUUUAAGAGUGAUGGUGUUGAUGUUGAGAAAAUUGACAAGACAGUGGAGUACCCACUGGACCUAGACUUGGCCCCUUACACCAAAGGCUCUAAUGAUGAGAAUGAAAAUUUGAAAUACGAAUUAUUUGCCAUUGUUGUGCAUGUUGGACAUUGGUCCACUUCAGGGCACUACUUCUGCUAUAUCCGUACUUCCCCGGACAAAUGGUAUCGGUUUGACGAUUCAAAGGUCACUAGGGUUUAUGAAGAAAUUGCGCUCUGUCAAGAUGCAUACAUUCUUUUCUAUGCAAGAAAAGGCACACCAUGGUUUGGUAGUUUGAUUGAGAAGUGGAAAGCGGAGUGUUCUAAGAAAGUCCUUAGCACUUCUCCCAAGUCUGUUCUGGAUGAUAUGGACCUUCCAUCUACUUCAUACCCUCUUGGGACGGGUUUUCAUGGUUGCAAGGCUAGUGAUUCCAGGGAUGCUUUUGGGGACACUUUUAAUGAGCCUGCAAGUGAGGUAAAGCGAGAUGAAAAUAAAAUUAUGGCCGGUGCUGAGACAGGGGAUCUUCAUUGUUCUGAGGCUGGGAGAAACAGAGAUACUUCUGUAGCGCCUUUAAGUGAUCUUAGACAAGAUGUGGUUGAAAAGAAAGCUGGUGUUGAUGCUCAGAAUUCUGCUGUAGCAAAACAAAGUUCUGCUCCGUCUUCGAGUGUGCCUAUUAUUGAGGAGGUCAAGGAAGUUAAAGCUGAAAUUGAUAUUCUUUUGUUGUUGGAAGAAGAUUGUGAUUCCAGCAAGAACCGUACUUGUUCUAACAAAAUUGGUGAAAUUGAACAGAUGAGUAGUGGAACUGGAAUAUGGAACCCCCCUUCACAUUUUGAGAACAUCUUUGACGGUGAGCCCAAAUUUGAUGUAGGCAUUGAACCUUCAACUCCCCUAGGAGCUCAAAGUCCGGAUAUAUAUUCUGAUGAGGAGCAGCCAGCAGACGCGGCAUAUUCUGUCCCACAUGAACAUCUCAAAAUAGUAGACAAGUCAUCAUCAGCUAAGAAAUCGAGCAAUACAAGUAAACACGACGUGAAAAGGAAGGAGGCGGCCAAAUAUAUACGUAAGUCAAUGACCAGCGCUAGGGGCCAGAUGUUACUAGCUGCCGUUUAUGGUUCACGCAGUGACAAUUCAUUGAUGAAGAAAAAGCGAAAACAACCUUCAUUUGUCCAUGGUAAAAAUUCUCCCAAGAAACGGGUUAAAAUCAGUCCAAAACGUGUCUUGCGGCCGCUGACAGCUUAAAACAAUGUUUGGUGCUCUUAUGUAUCUAAAUAUAUUUUGUUCAUGGGUUAAAUAUAUUUUGGUUUCCUAGGAUUACCUAUAUUUUGUUAGAGAUCUGGGUUUAAUCUAAGGUUUAGGUUUCUGACAGGAUCAUUUUGUACAUGGUCGUAUUCGUUAUAACAAAUUUUGAAGUA